AGUCCGAACGAUUGACUUGAUACUACUUCUACUAUUGAGUUUUAUUAUUAUUAUUAUUGUAAAAAGCCGGUUUUAACAUAAGUACCCCUUAAAUUGUUACUGUUUUUAAAGUACAUAAACGGAACCACUAAUACAAAGUAUCCCAAAGAGCACUUGACAUUGUCAACAUGAAUUUCCUGCGACAAACACUUAACGUUACGAAACAAUUGACGGCACAAGCUCUGCAUAGCAGCUAUAUGUGCGCCGCACUGCGGGGUAUGGCCUCGUUGAACCAAAUGCAUCGCACUGGUCCACACAUCAAGACGCGUCCACCACGACAGCCGCUGGAUGGAAAGCCUUUUGCCAAGGGAGUUGUCCUCAAGACACUGAUCAAGAAGCCAAAGAAGCCCAAUUCAGCUAAUCGAAAAUGCGCUCUGGUACGUCUGUCGACUGGCAAGGAGAUGGUAGCGUAUAUACCCGGCAUUGGACAUAAUUUGCAGGAGCAUAACAUUGUGCUAUGUCGCGUCGGUCGGUUGCAGGAUGUGCCCGGCGUAAAACUGAAGGCGGUGCGCGGUGUCUACGACCUGGCCCAUGUCAUUAAGAAGGGCCAGUAGUCUCUAGAUCGUAAUUCUCUUCUAUAACUUGUUUAAGCACUGUACGAAAACCAAACAAAUGCCCAAUUAUUCAACCGCUCCACACAA